AUGACGUUGGCCGGUAAUCCCUAUCACGAAUCUCACCCCACUGCAAUUAUAGACCGCACCAACGAGGCUCGUGCUGAAGCUGGCAACGAAACCAACUCGGACCCACCUGCUGACCCCACUCUCACGAACCUGCCCCUCGCCCCCGUCGCAUCCAACCGCCGUCAUCCGAGCCGGUCGUCCCUCCCUACACCAGUCCCCGACCCUUUCCCUACGACUGGUUUUACCGCCAUUCGCCCACGCCCCGAGGGUCUUUCCGGCCUUCCAUCAGAUUUAGCCCCGCUUGCGGCUCCCGCGCCCGAGGCCAUCGCCUCGCACUUCUCCCAGCCAAGUGCCUCAUUUUCGCUUACCCCGCGCCUCAAUUCUAGGAAGAGGCCCGCCUCCCUCAUGAUGGAUCUUGACAAGCCUGGAAGACCUUCUCAGAUCGCUCCCGAUCGCGAAAUUCAAAUGAACCGCCCCAACCAUCGCAUCCCGCGUCAACCCGUCCAUCCCCUCCGCCAUGACGAUGAAUUGUCAACCGCUCAACGUCUCUGUGACGUCACACUCGAUUCUCCGAGUAGUCCAGGUGGUGGAUACAAGAGGAUGAGAUCUAGUGCUGAUUCAGAUGCAGGAAGUUCUAGUUGCAAGGACAUGGACGAUCCUGAAAUCAUGGCUCCAGAUUCCGUUCCUGCUCUUGUCAUGCAACUGCGACAGUUGCUGGACUACAUUGCGAGCAAGCCGUCCCUCCAACAUGGCUCAGCUAGUUUUGUUCGUGACUAUCUACGAACAAUGGUAUUGUCAAACUCAUAUGCAGCCGAGAAGGCCAUACAGGAAUCCAACAAGGAGCACAAGUUGGAAGUUUAUGCGGGUCGUCGAAAACCAAGCGAAUGCUUCAAGUUCAUCCCAGAUGAGUUGGCAAAACAUAUUUUCGGCUUUCUGGAAGGUAAGCACCUUGCUCGUGCACGCGAAGUAUGUCACCGUUGGAAUGACUUUGCCUGUGAGGAGCCUUUGUGGAAGUCGCUCUGCUUGAAGAAGUGGAAAGCAUUGGAAUCAGACAAGGAUCUUUGGAAGCUUGUCGAUAAGGAUGUAGACCCAGAAGGUCCUAACUGCUGGCGCAAAAUAUUUCCUAAGGUGAGCAAUACAUCCCAGUGGCGAUGCCGGUUACAAAAGACUGGGCGCUUUAUCUGCAACUUGGUAGCCCAUCAGAUUUCCGGAACGCCAUUGCUUGGAGGACUACCGGAGGUAUUGGUGGUUGAGCGACGGUUCAACAUUCUGCAUCUGCAGACGUUCGUGCGGCCGGAUGCCUCGAUUCUGUACUUCGAACCGGAGCUUGCCAGCGAUAGGACCGGGUUUGAUGAUUUCAUUGAUUACUUGAACAAGCGAACCCGAGCGGGCUUAGCCCUAGAAGGCCAACUACGGUUUAUCUUUAUCCCACCUUGUGAUUAUACACGUACUCAAGUUGAGUACCCGGGCCAAAGUCUAUUGGGAGUUGUACAGCAUGCUUACCCGCUUGUUCCUGAGUUGUGAGUAACAAAAUGUUAAGGGAUACCGUUGUUCGUCAUGGUAGGGAGACGUAGUGUAGUUUUGAAGGCGAUUUAUCGAGGAGUGUUGGAAACCUGGUCAAAACUAAAAAGAGCGAGUAGUCGUUUAACAGAUACACGCGCGUUGCGUUUCUUUCAAAUGAAAUUGCAACUUGGAGCUAACUGACGAGCAAGAGCUGUGAGUUCUUAUGUCUGCUAUCGGCGGUAUCGGCGACCACUGAUAUGGGCAAGCUACACGCUGUUCGAGAGCGAUACAAUUGCGAGCGGAGAAGCGCGGUAAAGGUUAUUGUUGAAGAUUACUUCUCUAAGA